UUAAAUUUAGCCUAAUAUAGAUUAGACUGUACCAAGAAAACAAGAGCCUAGUUGAGCACCGAUAUUAUAUAUAUUUAUAUUUAUACUAUUGUAUAAUAUUUGUAUAUCUAUAUCAUCUCUCCAUUCACCAUCCUCCAAUAGAAUGGAAGAGAGCAUUCCAGUGAUAGAUCUUGAAAAACUUUCAGAUCAGUCUGAAUGCAAGAAGCUAAGAGAUGCAUGUGAAAAAUGGGGUUGUUUCAGAAUAAUCAACCAUUCUAUUCCUUUAACUCUUACGGCUGAGAUGAAGAUGGUUACUGAAGCUCUUCUUGACCUACCUAUGGAGAUCAAGAAAAACAACAAAGAUGCAAUUGCUGGAAGUGGUUACAAGGCACCAAGUGAUGUUAAUCCUCUCUAUGAAGCUUUGGGGCUCUAUGAUUUGGGUUCAAAACAAGCUAUGCAAGAUUUUUGCUCUCAGUUAAACGUUACACCCUACCAGAGGCAAGUAAUGGAGGCAUAUGGAAAAGCAAUACAUGAUUUGGCAGUAAAAAUAGGAGAAAAAAUGGCUGAAUCACUAGGCAUAUUUGGUGCUGAUUUUGAAGAAUGGCCAUGCCAAUUUAGAAUUAACAAAUAUAACUUCACUCCAGAAGCUAUAGGAUCCCUUGGAGUUCAACUCCACACAGAUUCAGGGUUCUUAACAAUCCUUCAAGAUGAUGAAAAUGUUGGUGGUCUUGAAGUUAUGAACCAUUCUGGCUCAUUUGUUUCUGUCCCUCCAUUUCAUGGAACCUUCCUAGCCAAUCUUGGAGAUAUUGCUAAAGUAUGGAGCAAUGGAAGGUUUUACAAUGUGAAGCAUCGCGUGCAAUGCAAGGAAGCUACUACUCGCUUUUCAAUUGCUACAUUUAUGUUAGGACCUAGGAAGGGAAAUGUUGAGGCCCCAAUAGAGGUGGUGGAUCAUGAUCAUCCAUGUUUAUAUCAAUCUUUUGUUUAUGAAGAUUAUAGAAAACUCAGAGUUUCUAAGGAGAUGCAUAGUGGUGAAGCUCUUGAGUUAUUACGCUUGGUUUAAAUGGUAACUUUAAGUGGCCAAAUGCGGAAUAAUGGUUUAUGAGGGAUGCAUGAGUAGGUAAAUGAUUUUAAUGGAAAUUAUAAGGGAUACUUUUAAUAAUAAAAUGUAUUAAUAAGUUCAAAUGUUAUGUUUAUCUAAAAAAGAAUAGUUUGGAGGAAACACAUAAAUGUUGAAGUAAUAAGGUAAGUUAUUAUCCUU